UUUGAGCAGAUCGAACAAGGCGUGUUAUGUUGGAUUGGGAGAAGCGCUUCGACAUUAUCAUCGGGAUUGCUCGAGGGGUUCUUUAUCUUCAUCAAGAUUCCAGACUGAGAAUCAUCCACAGGGAUCUGAAGGCCAGCAAUGUUUUGUUAGAUGCCAAUAUGAAUCCCAAAAUUUCCGAUUUCGGGACAGCAAGAAUAUUUGGUGGAGAUCAAACUCAAGCAAAUACCAACAGAGUGGUUGGAACAAUUGGUUAUAUGUCUCCAGAGUAUGCGCUGGACGGACUUUUCUCGGCAAAAUCAGAUGUUUUUAGCUUUGGAGUAUUAUUGUUAGAGAUCAUUAGUGGAAAGAAGAACAGUGGUUACUACACCAACGAUCCAUCUUCAAACUUAAUAGGAAAUGUAUGGGAGCUAUGGAUACAAGGGAGAGGUUUAGAGCUGUUGGAUUCAUCGAUGAGCAAUUCCUGCAAUCCAGAUGAGGUGUUGAGAUGCAUCCAGGUGGGCCUCUUGUGUGUGCAGGAGAGUGCAAUGGAGAGGCCCACAAUGUCAUCAGUUGUUUUCAUGCUUGCUAAUGACACCAACAUGCCCACACCCAAGAAUCCUGCGCUUUCGUUGCGUAGAAACAGCAAUGAGAAUAGGUCCACGUCGACCACUGAGACAGGAUCUUGUUCCGUAAAUGAGGUAACGGUUUCCAUCGUAAACGCCCGGUAGCAGCAGUGAAAGCUCAAGUCAAGUACACAAUCCGAUUUUGAAUAGGCCCGGUUCAGGUAUGUUGUUUAGA